AGGAAUAGACUAUACAGCGCCAAGCACAGUCAGUAAAGCAAGAGAGGAUUUGGAGGAAUGGUUGAAAAGAAAGGAGGAAGAAAAAACUGUAGCCAAUACAGCCCCCCGCAGCAGUCAACACCAUCGAUGGAAACCACCACCCACUAGCUGGAUAAAAUGCAACUCAGAUGGAGCAUGGCAGAAAGAUCGACAUCAAAAUGGAGUGGGCUGGAUAAGUAGGAAUGAACAUGGCAGACUGCUCUGGGCGGGCAUGAAAAGCGUCCAGGGACUGAGAUCACCAGCAGAAACAGAAGCAGAAGGAAUCAAAUGGGCAAUGCACUCCAUGCGCAGCCUAGGAUACAAGCAGGUGAUUUUUGAGACAGAUGCACUCUUGAUUGUCAAAAUGAUUGCAGGAACUCAAGAAAUAUGGCCAAACCUCAAGCCAAUCAUUAUGGAAAUACAAAGCUGUCUCACUGGGAACGCUGGCUACAGGCUCGAGUAUUAUCCAAGAGAGAGUAAUAAAGCAGCAGAUAGGAUAGCAAAGGAGGCUUUUUCACUACAGAAUCAUGUCCCUAAGCUUUAUUCUAUUGUGCCAGUUUGGUUAAAAUCUGUGUUUGAGACAGAUUUGUCUACUGUAGUUCCAAACAUUAUGGGAUGAAUGAAAAGUAGUAGUUGAGCCAAAAAAAAAAAAAAAAAAAAAAAGAUUUGUUAUAGUUGCCUCGCUCACAUCUUUUUGUUUCAUCUUUACUCUCUCUCUCUCUCUCUAUCAAACCAAAAGCCCUACUCCCUCUCUUUCUCAAUCGCAAUGGAUGUUUUGAUGAAACACAACCUUGUCAAAUGCUUCAUCAUCUCUCUCAUUCUCAUUCUCGUCUUCCCUAUCUCACCAUCAUCAUCAUCAUUACCAUCAUCGCCAUCAUCAUCAUCGUCAUCAUUAUCGAAUCAAGAAACAAGAGUAUCUACACAAAAGACAGAAACCUAUCUCAACGGCGACGAAUCACCGCACCAACUCGUCUACAUCAAGAAAAUGACGCCGUUUAUCUUGAACCCGCGGCAACGUGAUCAGCACCGUCGUCUUCGUUACAACCACCACUACUACUACUACCGCCAUAGCAUUCGUCGCCGUGGUCUUCGUCACCGUGCCAACUACUUCAAGAUGAUGACCAAGAAAAACAGUAACGGUUUUAACCGACCGGUCCGACCGGAUACGUUUUCUGUUAUGCUUCCCAAAGGAUUCGUACCUCCUUCCGGUUCAUCUCCUUGCCAUAACCAGAACCCUAAUUCCGCUUCCGCUCUCUUCUGCGAUCUUUCAAAACAACCUUAGAGUUCUCCAGAACCGGUUUUCACGAUUCUUUAAUCACCGGUACAAGAAACGAUUUUGCUCUUCCACUUUUGUAAUUUUCACCUAUUAAUGAGAGAUAUUCGUAAUGAUCGAUGCUUUUCUUCACUGUCCAAUGUAUAAAAGUAAUUAGCAUAUAUGUUAAGUUUCUUUUUGUCA